AUAAUAAUAAUAAUAAUAAUAAUAAUAAUAAUAAUAAUAAUAAUAAACAUAUCUGCAGUAUCCAGUGAUUGUCAAGGGCGGAAACUUCAACUUGCUGCAAAGAUUAAUGAAACAUCUAGCCUUGAUGUUUAUUGCAUAUGGAUCGUCACCAUUACAACAAAGGCAUCACUUUCUUGGUUAAGUGAUAAAGAAAACCAGAGAGUCAAUGUCCCUGGAUACUAUGACAAGAAGGAAGAGCUGUGCUCAGUUAUCACAGAUAAAAAGAUAGAAAUCUUCCAUUCCAGAAAAAGAACAAGAACGAAGAAGAUGGAUGACGGGAAGAAGAUCCAGGAGAAUGAAAGACUAAAUUGCAAGAUCCACCAUGGAGGACCAAGGGCUUGAAAAAACCUAUGCACCAUGCUACCAGCGUGGAUACAAUGACCAGGAUUUACUGCUCUUGACAGGGAUUGCAUCUGAGGUGAUUCUAGUCGUGUGGCACUCAACCUUGGAUGGUCACAUCAAAAACCACAGCCAAUGAACAAAGCUGGAUGCCCCUAUGGAAAGGCAGCCUAUCACCUGGCAAGCUUUGAUAAAGACUUCACCACCAAAUCCCUUCCAAUAGGUUACAGAUGGCCAGCAACAGCACCACACCCACUUCUUGACUGUGAUUUGUCUACAUGUAAUACCUCUGGUACAACCCUGCGCCUCACAUGCAUGUGGGCCUUCCUUCCAUGAAGCAUGCACUGGUUCUUUAGUCUGCCCAGUCUGCUUAUCUAACCUCCUAAAAGACAUCGAGAAGCUGUCCACCAGCUGAAACAAAGGCCUACUAAGUGAUAGAGGGGCUGACGAUGAGCUGCUACCUAAUGCAUGGCCUGAUGAUAAUACACCUGACGAUCAUGACUACUCCAUCUUGCACAAACCUCUGGCAUCCAGGGAGAGGGCAUACUAUGAAUCUCUAGAGUAUAGAGAGUCAAUCAAACACCAAACAUCUACCAUGAAGUGUAGGACUGGGACUAGCGCAUGUGCGUCGGUUCCAAGAUGGCGAAAUACGUCCAGAACUGAAAACCCGUUGUUGUUUUAGCAACUGUUACAUACUUUAUUGUAUAGCGUUAUAACUGUUACAUUGGUGGCAGCCAAGAUGGGAUCGAGGACUGUUUUGCCCGACGCUAAGUUCAGUGGACGAGAAGAUAUUAGGGAAUUCCUACGGGAUUUCGAGAUUUAUGUCUCGCUAAAUGAAUGGCAAGUCGAGAAGGCAGGGCAGUAUUUAGCCGUUUAUCUGAAAGACGAAGCGAAAGCUUUCUACCAUGAGCAGGAGGAUUCAGUUAGAAGAAGUUACCGGGCCUUGUGUAAAGCAUUGAAUUACAGAUUUGAAGGGCUAGCAAUACUAAAAUACAAAAAGGAAUUUGCCGAGCGAAUUAGAGAUGAAGGGGAGCCGCUCCACUCGUAUUUAUCUGCUCUACGACUCGCUUACUCAAGGGCUCAUGUCCCACCUGUAGUUGAAACGCUAUCAGAAGACCCGACUGAUGCACAAAGGGACAGGCACUCCCGACAGGAAGCAGCUUUUGAUUAUUAUAACACCAGAGCUAAGGAGGACAUUCUGUGUCAAUUUAUCAACGGGCUAAAUUCCAAGCUGAGGGAGAUACUGGUCCGUCAGGACGAUUUGUUAAAAACCCCCAUAGAAACAGUAAUAAAAAGGAUUGCUAAUCUGGAAGAGGAGCAAAGAGCAAGUAACCCACAGCAAGUACGGGGUGCUAUUCAAGAGGGGGUUAACUUGUCGAAGAGAAGGUCACGGCAGCUAUCAGAAAGGGAGGAAACGAUGCUUUCCAAAGGAGAGGUCCAAGGCCCACGGAUUUAUGCAGAAAGUGCAAAGGAAAAGGUCAUUGGGCUAGAGACUGACCAUCCGUAACGGGGAAUAAUUUAAACGAGAACAAGGCUGGCGGAACACCCCGACACCAGCCUUUAAAACACAAAAGGGGGUCAACACAGUGCAGACAGGGUGUCGACGACACUCAUACAAAGUUGAGGCAAAGGUGAACCAAGUGAAGUGCACCUUUUUGAUCGACACAGGCGCAGAGGUGAGUCUAAUAAACUCAUCAGUACCAGGCCUUAUAAUAAAAGAGUCCAAAGUGCAUCCAGUUCCAAUAACACGUGAACCCAUUGGGGUGAGAGAGGAGUCCCAAGUGACAUUGUUGCUGGGAGGCCGGGAGAUGUCAUGGAGGUUCCUGGUGGUGGAUGACCUUGCAGACUCGGUAUUGGGGGCCGAUUUUAUUGAUGCCCACCAUAGGGAAUGGUGGGGUUUAAGGGACAAUAGUCUUUUUUUUGAUGACCAGGAAAUCCCGCUUGUCUCUAGUAAGUGCAGAUAAGUAUCGGUUGAGGAUGAUGCUACCCCUGUAGUUGCCUUCUGUACCAUUGAUCUUCCAGCCAGGCAUCAGGCAUUUAUACCCUUGCGGUGUAAAGAUAAUGGGAACAGAGAGGACAUGUUUGAAGCAACCACAACACCAGGGGGGGUACUUUUGACAAAGGCACUUGUUUCAGGCAAGAAGUUCUGGGUGAAGGCUGUUAAUCUGUCCCAAUCACCAGUCACCCUGUAUAAGAAUCAGAAAGUGGGUGGUCUGACUACCGUGGAUACAGUCUCCGAGCCCUUUAGCUCUAAGGAGACACUGGUAGCUGGGGGGGGGGGGGGGGGGGGGGGUUCUGACAAUGAUAAGGUCAUAAAGGUGAAAAAGCUUGGUAUUGACUUGUCGGACAGUGAACUAGGCA